AAGUAAUUGUAAAGUAAACAUGUGUACUUAUAAACUUUGGGAGAAAAAAAAAGGCCAGAAAAGGAGUGUGUUAAUCAGUAGAGAUCUAGGAUCUAAGGUGGUCAUCACUUAGCUCGUUCACACAGGAGUACCUACAAAGGGAAAUGAAGAAAUAAAUUCAAUGACCAAUUUGGACAACAAAGACUGAUUAGAUGAAAAUGUUUGACAUUUAAAACUGCACAUCUGGUAAAGAGGUUGGCUUUGUCUUGACAAUGUCAGACGGCAUUUUAUCCCUAGUGCCUCUGCUAUCCCCAAAGGUAAACAAAGACACCCCCGCUGAAUGCACCCCAAAACAAGACAGGGGUCACUCAGCCAGCAAGUUGAUCAAAUCUCAAACGAUGGUUCUGUCCACACACACCACUGUAGAGGUCCCGACAAGUGGGCCGUGUACCAGAUGUAGCAACUCACAAGCGCUGAUGAAUUUACUCAAAGGCACAGCAGGAACGGGGAUUCUUUCACUUCCAACUGCCUUUAAGAAUGUUGGAUUAUGGGCAGGUCUGGCUUUGUUUUUAAUUGUGGGAAUGCUCACAGUACACUGUAUGCUGAUGUUAAAUAGUUGCUGUCAUCUGCUAGAAAAAAGAUCAAGCAAAUCUAUUCUGACCUAUGUAGAUGCAGUUGAACUAAAUUUUCAAUAUGGUCCAAAAAGUCUACAAAAGUCUGCAGCUAUAAUGAAAACAAUAACUAGUGUCUCCAUCAGUAUCAUGCAGUGUAGUUUUUGUUGUGUUUACAUUGUGUGGGUAGCAGUCAAUGUUAAAGAGAUUUUAGAUAACUAUUGGUCAAACAGCCAGUCUCUACGAGUUUAUGAGGUCGCUGUUUUUCUCAUUCUGCUGCCCUACAUCAUGGUGAAAAGUUUAAACACUUUGGCAUUUUUUUCAACAGUGGCAAAUUUGGCUUAUCUUAUAGGAUUAAUUAUAAUUUUUCAAAGCCUUUUUCAGGGAUUGCCAGAUUCUUCUGAGAGACCAGCUUUUAGCUCUUGGAGUACAUUACCUUUGUUUUUUGGUACUUCGAUGUUUGCUUUUGAAAGUAUAUGUUUGACCAUAUCUGUAAGAAGUAAACUGAUCAAUAUCAAUGAUUAUGGAGGCUGGAAUGGCUUGCUGAGUUUGGCAAUGACAAUAAUAAUAGCCUUGUACUCCUGUAUGGGAUUCUAUGGAUAUUUAAAGUUUGGAGAGGAUACAGCAACAACUAUUACCCUCAAUUUGCCACAAAAUAACUGGCUCUACACAUCUGUGACUAUUUUGUUUGUAGUUGCCAUGAUCCUCUCUGUUGGGAUUCAGUUCUAUGUACCUAUAAGUAUUAUCUGGCCAGCAGUAAAAAAACAGAUGACUAGUGAUCAAAUUGAAAAGUUUGGAAGAGUUGCCCAAUGUUUUACAAGAGCAGUAUUACUCACUCUCAUUUUUGCAGUAUCCGUAUUAGUGCCCCAUCUGGAUUCUCUGAUGGUUUUCAUUGGCUCAUUCUUUGGGAGUGUUUUAUCAUUAAUUCUACCAGCUUUAAUGGAACUUAUGACUUUAAGUGUAGAGGGACAGCUGACAGUCACAACAACAAUCAAAGAUGCUGCAAUUAUCAUUUUUGGCAUGCUCAUUUUGAUAUUUGGGACUGUAGAAUCAUUAAAAAAUAUAAUUACAACAUUUUAAUAAUAAAAGAGACCUAUGUGAGCCCGAAAUGUUCGGCUGCACACUGGGCAGGUUAUUCCAGCUGGAUCUUGUGUCGUGGGCCUUGCUAUAAAAUAUAUAUAUAAUAUAUAAUAUAAUAUAAAAUAUAAUAUAUA